AUGGCGGCUCCCUUGCCCCAUUCACCGCCAAAUAAGGACGCACAUGUCCUCGUCGUGGGUGCUGGUACCUUCGGUCUUUCGUCGGCCUUCCAUUUAGCCAGUCGAGGUUAUAGCAAUGUAACAUGCAUCGACCGCUGGGAGGUACCGAGCAAGUCAUCGGCUGGAUGGGAUAUUUCCAAGAUCGCCCGGACAGAAUACGCCAGUCCGAUAUACACGCGCAUCGCCCACGAGUCGCUCGAUGCAUGGCGAGAGUCAGAACCCUUUGCUUCGGCUAAGCUUUUCCAUCAGACAGGAUGGCUUCAUAUGAAGCCGGCCGAUAUGCCCCAGUCGCUCCUGGAGCGUUUCGAGCUCGGGCUAGAGAACACCAAGCGAUACGGUGACGGUAGCCAGAUCGAGUACUUGCCAGACGAAGAGGCCAUCAAGUCGAAAUGCCCGCUUAUCAGCGGCGAUCUGAAGGGAUGGACGGGAAUAUUCAACGGCAAGUCUCAGGCAUAG